AGAACCCACCCCUGCCUCCCCUCCACAUUACGCUCAACUCCUCAAAGCCGCUAGCUAGAUCUGACUUGAAUUGCAGUCUGCUAGCAUGGACAGGGAUCUCAGCACCUCGCCGUUGGCCGAGACCCUGGCGGAUUGCUUGGAUGACUCUCCUCCUCCUCCUCCUCCUCAACUAGAAGCAGAACUGAAGAGGAGGGAGCCGAGCAUAGCGACGAUGUUGACUAAUAUCGGGAACUCCUUUGAUCCCUACGGAGCUCUCAGUACCCCGCUGUAUCAAACUUCCACAUUUAACCAGGUAUCAGCUACGGAGUAUGGACUUUAUGCCUACACAAGAGGUGGCAAUCCUACACGAGAUGUGUUGCAAAGUCUCAUGGCUAAGCUCGAGAAGGCCGACUCUGCGUUUUGCUUCACUAGCGGGAUGUCUGCCUUGACUACCGUCACAAAACUCGUCGAGCCUGGUCAAGAAAUUGUGGUCGGAGACGAUAUUUAUGGCGGUUCUUACCGAUUGCUCCAACUGGCCAAGCAGAGAGGAAUUGUGGUGAAACAGGUGAAUACGUGUGAUCUGAGGGAGGUGGCAUCUGCAAUCGGGCCUAUGACAAGGCUUGUAUGGUUGGAAAGUCCAACCAAUCCGAGCAUUCAAAUCACUGACUUAAGGAAAAUCGCCGAGAUUGCUCAUUCACAAGGAGUUCUUGUCAUGGUCGAUAACAGCAUCAUGUCCCCAGUACUAUGUCGGCCUCUAGAGCUAGGAGCAGAUAUUGUUAUGGAAUCAGCUACCAAAUUCGUAUCUGGGCACAGCGAUCUCAUGGCAGGCGUCCUCGCCGUGAAAGGGGAAAGCUUAGCAAAAACAAUUGCAUUUUUACAAACUGCGGAAGGCAAUGGAUUAGCACCAUUUGACUGCUGGCUUUGCUUGCGCGGUCUCAAGACUAUGUCUUUGCGUGUGGAGAAGCAACAGGCUAAUGCACAAAAGGUUGCCGAAUUCUUAUCAUCUCACCCAAGGGUGAAGCGAGUUUACUAUGUAGGACUUCUUGAUCACCCGGGUCACACGCUGCAUUAUUCUCAGGCAAAAGGUGCAGGUUCUGUUUUGAGCUUUUUGACUGGAUCAGUAGCUCUAUCGAAGCACAUUGCCAAUACCGUAAAAUACUUUAGUACAACUGUUAGCUUUGGGAGUGUUAAGUCACUUAUAAGCUUGCCAUGCUUCAUGUCCCAUGCAACCAUCCCUGCUCCAAUCCGCGAGGCUCGGGGACUGACCGAAGAUCUGAUUCGCAUCUCUGUUGGUAUCGAGGAUGUGGAAGAUCUCAUAGCGGAUUUGGAUUAUGCUAUCAAAUCAGGGCCUCUUUGAAAGCUCUAAAUGCUUGCUACACAACUGUUUGAAAGUAAUAACUUCUUGUUAUUCUUUCAAAUCAGGGGCUAUUGGACCGUGAGCUUAUAUUUUGUUUUGUUUCUGAAGGCUUUUUGUUAGUUGUUGUUGUUGUUGUUGCUGUGUGAAGCAUGAGUGUCGGCUUGAGUUAUGAAGCAAUAAUCGAUUUUCUCGUGUGUUACCUUUAA